AUGGAUACUGUGAACGGUGAUGUCAAGUUGAGCACACAGCCCAAUAAUUUCAACCACAUUUAUUUGCAUUCUUUACCAGCUUUAGAUGGUGAUCUUUGCACUACAAUACCUGACCCGGAAACCCCCACCGUCUCGCGUUUACGAAAACUUGGAAAGGGGCUUAUCAAGCACCCUGAGCAGACAUUUCCACGGCGCCAUUCCUUAAGUCACACCUUCCAAGACAUUCCCACUAUAACUGAUGGCAAGCUGAAUCCCACAUCUAGCAGAAGGAAUUCCAUUCUAAGAGUCAGUGAAUUUGAGGAUUUUUCUUCUCCAAUUACCUGUCUACCAACCCCUUUCAACGCUAAGAAGCCCUUGUCGCAGGUUCGGCGACCCAUGCGAAAGCCUAAGGCAAAUAAAUUUGUUGAUGAGACGCUCGAAACUAGUGAAUGCCCUACCCCCACGAGAACCGUGAAGGAGUGUGACGGGUCUGCAAUUCUUUUAAAAACGGAAAGGCAUCAAUCUCAGUCCCAAGUCGCCCACUCCAGUCGUGGCUGGCGGCGUCCCUCCGUUUCAAUGAAUAAUUUGAACGUCGUAAAGGGAGGUUUAGCCUCUAUGACUCCCACUUCUUCCUUUCGGACCCGACGCUUGUCGGUGUUUACGAACACCCCGGUGGCUGCCACAUUGUCAAGCAGCCCACUCUCUGUAGCUUUGGGGACAUCUCAACGGAAGGUUUUCACUUUUCCCAAAAGUCACUCCUCAAUUUCCUCUGAAAUGUCUCAUAGACUCGAUGAUGCAAGAUCGAAUCAACCAAGCACGCCGACCCAACGGUUAAUUAGGGUACAAAGUAAGAUCAAUAUGACCUCUGAAAUAAUGGACGAAGUAAAGCGACAUAGCCGAGUUUCCUCUUACGUGCGCACAGAUCAGGAGCGCUACAGGGAGAUCCUUGAGCGGGAACAGUCCAAACUAAUUUUGUUACUUGGCCGAAAGUUCAACUUGGAAAGAAGUAUAGAGGUGGUUUUAGACACUUUCGAAAAAGAGAUGGCCCACAAGGCGAACACAUCCCGAGAGCACACGAGCGAGAAAAGUAGUGCGUUAUCAUCAGUUUCCAGACGAUACAGCACAGCAAAAGGCACCACCAACCGACACAGACCCAGCAUUUACCUCUAUCGAGCUGAGGAGAUCCGAAAGCUGAAUCAACUUAACAAUGAUUUCCUUUCAAACUUGGUGCGGGAUGACUUUAAUGUGAAAGCUAUAAAUCAUUUAAUUGAGGCAUUGGAGUCACAGUUGCGCGAGGUGUGUGAACGUACUGGUGUAAAUAUGCCUGAUAGGGUGUUCCUAACCACGGAAAGAGGCAAUCCCAUUCGUAAUGCCACGUCAAAUUUGAAUGACAUCCGGUGGCAGAUUGAGAGCAUGGACCUUGGCCUCAACACGGAUGUUGACCUACCGAAUGACUUGUCUUCUAUGUGCCCUACAGACCACUUAUUAAGUGUUGACGACUCCCAAUCAGCCAAGCGUGGCUCCCCUCGCCCAGAGCACACGUCCGAUCAUUGCCGAAACUUCUCAGAGACUAAACCAUACCUGAAUCUCCCCAAACACAUGAAGAUCAGUGGUGACUUAGCUAUUGGCACCCCUGCCACACUGAAUCAUUCACCGCCGGUGGACGGAGACAUCGACAGGGAGGCCGAAUCUAUGCAGUUUGCACGAACCCCUGAACCUAGUGUGGUGGGCUUUUCGCUUUUGGAGGACUCGAUUUUACACGACACAGCUGGUGUUGGGUCUCUGAAACUUCUGGGCUUUAUGUUUGACGCCAUCGCUGCGGCACAGGUCGCGGAUUCUUUCAGGCGUCGAGGGUCGCUUUUUCCACUCGCAGAGGAUACACGGAAAACUUCUGGGAGCGACGACUCCCAAGCAAAGCCUCAGGCGCUGGCCCCAUGCCCACAGCCAACCAACUCGCCACAUGAAGCAUCUGACGUAUCAAAUUUCAAGAUUCUUCCUUUUAAAGGCUCAGAGCUGGUAACUCCGCAUGACAUCAAUGUCGACGCACAAACAGGGGUGAUGACCACAAACCAGCAUUCGAGUUCCCCUGGCGUUGAGGAAUGGAAGCAGAGUACCAACCUUGAAGAUACUGCAACUCCCUUGUAUUUCAAUCAAUCUUCAAAUUCUGAUGACAAAAUUCGGUGCAACUCCGCUCUGAGUUUCGAGGAAAUUACAACUGCGCAUUCAGAGAGUGUAGUCGUACAAACCGCCACCCAUGCGGCUACGCUACGACCAAACCUGAUUCCUGAUCUGAAGCGGCUCUAUAAGGAGUACGAUUACCAUCAAUUAAUUGAAGAACGCCGUCAAAUCCAAAAAGCACUUGCCGCUGGUCGUUUAGGCAGUGGAGAUGCUUACAUCGCCGUGUUGAAUGAAAAAAUUCGGAGAGCAAAGAUGCUUGCGUUGGAAAAUCAAAAGGAAAUGGAGGAUAAAUCGGAGAGUUUAUCGAAAAUGCUUAAUCUUAUGGUUGGUACAGGUGCUGCAUCCUCUGCGCAUUGUUAUCCUACCAGCUCUCGGGAACACAAUCAUCAGCCCAGCUCAUAUGGUGCUUCGCAAUUUAGCACCCCGGAUGCGCAAAUGCGAAAUUCAGAUAAUUAUUUAGAAAACGAAAAUAUUAAUCAAGAAUCGUCACCGCUAGAUGCUGAAGAAGCGGAAAAUGAAAGAAUGCUAACUUCUACUGAAGUUGCUGCACUGGACGAGCAUAGUGAACCCCAAUCGAUCGUAUCGAGCAAGAGGAUGUCGCUCCACUCUUCAACAAAAUUAACGCCGCUUCAGGAUCAGGAAGAGGUCCUCUUAUCCGCACGGACUCCUUUUGGCCUGCUCUUCACAGUAACGAGGAAACUCCCACUUGACGACGCACCACCCAUUGGCAAAAGACUUAAGAAGAAAAAGAAGGCGAGCACCCACAAUAAACCUAAGCGAAGUUUCAAUGCUAAAACUACAGAAAAUUCUACUAGUUUUCUGUGUGUUCGCGUCCGAAAUGAAAAUUCAAGCUCUCCCUGUGAAGCUUCUAUGCAAUUAAUUGCUGAAAAAUUGGUGAACCUUAGGUUGAUCUCAGCAGAUGGUAUCAGUUCACAGCAUUCCGAUGAGCACAUCAAAGUGAUGCUUGAGCCGGGCGAAAUGAAAACCCUUGCGUGCUUAGACCUAAUUGAUAAAAGCAAGCGUGUCCACUUCAACGAUGCGCUAGUUUUUAGUGGUGCUGUAGUGUCUGGCUUUGAUAAGUUUAAUUCACUGUAUCCUCUCUCGCCACGACAGAAUUCGGAUAGCUUCUCUAUUUUUUCUGCUGAUCUACAAGAUCCUUUGAGUGAUCUCAAAGCGAAAUUAGAGUGUGAUAAGAGUAAUCAACAAUGCUUGUCCAGUGAAAAAAAGAUGCCGAAAACAGCAAAAGCGCGACGAAACUCCUCCAAAUCGGCUGCACCGCACAAGCAGGAAGUUUCCAAGCCAUCUUUGAAGUCUACAAUAGACACCAAGGAAAGUAUUAAACCCUUUGUCACUGUCGUGCCCUCGAAAGAGGGCACUACUAUCGAUCCUAUCGCCAAUUCAGAAAAGCUUUCACCUCGAAUGAAGAGGUUAAGUGAUGGAAAGGUUGAAUUCGAAGCACUAGACGGUGUGUCUGCUGAUAAGGGUAUUGUUGAUGACCUUCUGCAGCCACGUGAGGUCGUCGAUUGGGGCACCUCACAUGAAGAUCCGGAAAAGGAGGCUAUAGAAAAAAAUAUGAUUCUUCUUUCUAUUAUGCAGACUCAGGCAGCAUCCGAAGCGACUCAGGGCUUUUCUACCGAGAGUGAGCUUCAUGUGCCGAAUAGUGCCGCAGAUGUGCUGCAGCGCAUGUUGCUCUCUGAAAAGGACCCAUUGAAAGAUUUGCAAGCUGCGGAGAGUAUAGUGGCUGGCAUAGUGCAGCGCAUCGCAGAGGACGUGAGGGCUGAGGAAGCUGAGGGGUUUUCUGGACUGGAAAUUACUCAAGAUAAGGUGCCCGAUACCUUUUCACACGAGGAGGGUAUGCCCCAGCACAAGAGACAAUCUAAUGAUGUUUAUACGUCGCAGGUGGCUCAAGCUCCUUAUGGCAAGCGUGGGGAUCCACAUGUGAAUGAUCCUCUGAUUGAUUCUUCUCAGUUACCGUCAUCCUUGACACACAGCAAUCGAUUAACAUCCUCAACGUUACCUCCGAUAACUGCGACCUAUGGAAGGGAGGCCUAUGAAGAAGAGAUCUAUGCUGAGCAUCAUGGGUCACCGGAUUUAGUUGCGGUGAACGAUUCUUCAUCUGAACGAAUAAGUAACGCCUCAGGAAGGGUCUCGUUGCCUUUGCUCGAGGGUGAAACGCUUCCGGCCUUGAAUGAUACGAUUGCCUUCUCAUAUGAUACCAAGACUGAGGUAAAUCGCUACGCACAGGAGAAAGAGGGUCUGAGGCCCCUCGAGGGUUCUGUACAUUCUUCCAAACACGGGGUUACGAAGAAAUUUGCUCAGAAAACAAAAAACAGCGUGUGGCCUCGCCCAUUUCAGAAGGAAGUGGCUAAAAGGGACCGCAGUAGCGUUGGACAGCAGCUUUAUGUUUUCAACAAGGACUUAAGUGAUGAUGAGAUGCAGCAACAGCUCGCCGCUGCACUGAAGGAAAUUGCACAAAAUGCACCGGAUGCUUUUGUUUCAAGAUCAGAGGCCACUGGAAAUCUUACUGUUUUCAUGCCGUCCAAUUUAGUCAGCGAGUCCACUCAACUAUCUAAGUUAUUGGUGCACGACCAAGAGUCUAAACGUGUGAAUGGCUUUAGUAGCUCCACUAGGGAUACAGAAGCUCCUGGUCGAAUCCAUGCGGUUGCACAUAGUUCCAAUAAAUCUCCAGAGCGGAUGACGGAAUCAAAUACAAGUUUGGGUGUAAGUACAGGUGCAACUGAUUGCUCUACGUAUGUUGCCAAUGUUCUCAAUAUGGCGAAGGUGUCCACUUUGACAGAGCACCGAAUCAGUAGCGAGACUAUCAGAGGGGCCAUGGAUAUAACUGCGAAUGACGUUCUAACCUUCAACGAUGGCAACCAAUUUCUGGAGUCUACGACGACGAUGGAAAAUUUGGAGGAGGAGACGCGUCUACUCUAUAUGCAGGACCCUGUCCGAUACAACGCGGUAGUGGACGAGUUUAUGGGACUCGUUACAUCAGAGUUGCGUCAGUCCCUCGAGCGGCCUGGCACUGAAGGUAACAAGGACACCCGGAUAGAUGGGUUUCUCACGGAUACGAUGAAAGAUUUGAUCAGGAAGUUUAUGAGGCAAAAACUCCCCGGGACUGAUACGGUGCCUGCAGCACCCCCGGAUAAAUCGUUACCUCCUGACUCACUACCGUCUUUUCAAAGUACUUUACCUCAGACGAGCAGGCGAACUUCAGUGGCAAAUCGUAGUAUUGUCGAGGGACAACGUAGUUGCGUACAGAUAGUCAAUCUCGUUCCGGAUUUACCGUUAUCGCACCGGGAGGAAGGGCGUCCCCUAUCUUCCGCACAUAGUAGAAUGCGUGACGGUUUGAUAAAGUAUGAUGAUAGUAUCACAGGUGCACCUGAUGACGGUCUCGUUAAACUGCCGUCGGUAGCAUCCCUUCCCAAGGACGAGCCAAGGACAGAGUUUUUAGAGAAUAAUAUUGAGUCUUCUACAAAGGCUCACACAAUGGGUGAUAGUGCCAACGAGAUUAAGCACUUGCUCUACGAGCAGUUUAAGGCAAAGCUUAUUCUUUCUAUCUUUGUCAGUUACACGCGCCGGAUGUGGGCAUUGAAGCAGAAGGAAAGUCGUAAUCAGGCUGUCGAGAUGAUCACGAAAACGAUCUCUCGUACCGCGAAAGUUGCAUGGGAGUUCGAGAAGCACCGUGUCUUGCAGCUCAAAAAACUCAUCCAUAUCCUCGAUCGACAGACAGGUCGUCAGAGAGGCUGGAUUCCAUACUACACGGACCGGAACGUUUUGGUGAUGCAAGGGGCCAACACGCCAUGCCCGCGGUAUGCCCAUUAUGAGGAGCAACGCCGACUACGCCGGGCGAUGUGGCUCGCCCGCCGCGGCAAGAUUCUUCCCCUGCGCCUGGUGCACCAAGAUAUCGCACGGAGCUGGAACAAGCAUCUCCUCCUGGGGUACUCUAAAUACGUCAUCGAUGACAAGCACUUUGAAGAAACCAGGAAUCGGAGAGUGGGUGGCCGGUACAUCCCAAUACAUUUUUAUCAUAUGCGCACGCCAGGAGAACGGGCACGUUACAUGCGCCGUGCACGCUUCGGUGCUGCCUUUCAAUCUGUAUCGAAAAGGUUUUCACCACGAAUUUUCCGAGAGAAGGAACUUCCUCUCGCACUUCACUAG